AACAAAUACUUUCACUUCUCUUUUCCCCAACGGGGCGGGGCGGAGCGCUGUUUGGUGAGUCAAUCCCAGGGCCCACUUCCUGCUCAGGGUCGGGCAGCCACACUGGACACAGGCGGGGGAGACUGAGGGACAAGGGGUCACCCUCCCAGACCCAGGCAGGUCCAGGGCAGGAGGAUGGCAGACGGGGCUGGCGACCCGAGCACCAGGAUGUCCACGGAAGAGCAGAGUGUAGACGACAGUACCAUCUAUGAGGUUAUAUUCCAUCACUUCAAAAGACACAAAGUGGAGAUUUCAAAUGCCAUAAAAAAGACAUUUCCUUUCCUCGAGGGCCUCCGUGACCGUGAACUCAUUACCAAUAAAAUGUUUGAAGAUUCUCAAGAGUCUUGUAGAAACCUGGUCCCUGUACAAAGAGUGGUGUACAAUGUUCUCUGUGAACUGGAGAAGAAGUUCAACCUGGAUUUAUGCGAAGCAUUGUUCAGUGAGGUCAACUUGCAGGAAUACCCUGAUUUAAUUCGUGUUCGUAGAAGCUUCGAACAUGAGGUGAGAAUGCUCUAUCCCCAAGAAGAUAAUGGAGAAGAGAGGCAGGAAAGGCUUGAACAAGAUAUCUAUGAAUUAAAAUGUGGUUUAGGUACAGACCUACCCGAAAAUGAACUCUCAGCGCAUCCUUGCGAAGCAGAAGAGAGAAAUGUAAAUAAAAGAGAGCAGGCCCGAGACCCAAAUGGUGCAGUAGGAAGCCACCAAGGAAAUGAGCAAUGCCCUCGAGAGUCAGAGCCAGUAGAGUCCCAUCAACACAUGGCUGCCCACGUGGACCAUGGAGAGGCGAGCGUGGGGAUGCCCAGCCCGUUGCCCCACUGUGUAGAAAGAGCAGAGCUGUCCAGCCAUGGAAUCCACAUGACUUCCUGUUCUGUGCGUCUGGUGGAUAUAAAGAAGGAAAAGCCAUUUUUUCCCACGCAAGUGAAGCCAGGAUCCCAAACCAGGACCAACCAUUACCAGCCAUCCGAAGUAAUAGUCAUCAGCAGUGAGGACUCGGACGACCCCAGCGACACAGAAGAGCCUGUAGCAAUCUCCAACUCAGCACAGAGGAGCCAUCCUGUGAUCAAAAACCAUGUCCGGUUUGACUUGAGAGAUGAAGAAGAGGCCCAAGAAGCCACUUGCUCAUGGCACCAGGCUGCUCCAGCGAGAGGACAUGACUAUGGCUCUUCAGAAUCCAGUGAGGAGGAGAUACCCUCAGCGCUCCGGAUCUCAACACCAACAGAUUCUGUGAGGAUGUCUACUUGGAGGAUACACAGUCAGAAAAGAAGGCAUAGCAGUGAAAGCUCUUCAGAGCUGAGUUAUGGAGAGGAGCUYCGGGAAGCCCUGAGAAGUGGAUCAGGAGCAGGGCAACAAGAGACUGGAAAUGAGAAGUGCUCCUGUGUCCUGUGUUCCCCAAAAGGUGUGCCAGGAGGCCAGGAAGCAACGGUGGAAAGUGGCCGAGCGUCUCACCCAACAGAUACCACGGAUGUUGGAAACAAUUCUACUUUGGGAAAAGGCAAUGAGGAAAGAAAUAUUUCCAAGCUGCACAACAGAGAUAAAGAAAUGAACAAAAUCUCAUCAACCUUACAUCCUACUGUGGGGGAAAAAAGACUUCAUAAAGUAAACCAUCUCCAAAAAGAAAUAAAGAAAGGCAGACAUAGAUUCCACUCAAUUCAGAAUAAUGCCCUUCCAAGGAAAAGAGGUUGGCCAAAAGGGAGAAAAAGAGUCAACGUUAGACCCUUGAAAAGAGGGAGAAAAAGAGGUCCAACAAUUCCCAGAGAAAAAAAUGUGAAUUUCAACCUUCCUAAACUUCCUGUGACCUGUGGUGAGGCUAAGGGGACUCUCGAUAAGAAGCGAUUUAAGCAAGGGGCCCAGAUGAAGAGCAUAAGGACUGAGGAUGGAAAAUGGCUCACCCCCAGGGACUUUGAGAUCAAAGGAAACCACGAAGCAGCCAAGAACUGGAAGCUAAGCCUGCGCUGCCACGGAUGGACCCUGAAAGAACUGAUAGAGGCAGGGCAUCUACCAAAGCCACCAAUAACAAGAAAAAAGGCCUUCCUCCCAUGGCCGUUGGCUUCUGCUGCCCACGUCACUCUCUGCUCCAUGAGGCAGGUGCUACUGUCAGCAUCUUCUCUGUUCCUGCAUUUCCUGAUCAACCUGCUGGUGAUAGCUAAGACUCUCUGGGCUCAUAAGAUCAGGAAAACACGGGAGUCUCUCAACAAAGUCUUAGUUGACCCCUAUCAAAAAACCUCAAAUAAGUGUGAAGUAUGCCGCCAAGAGAAACAGCUGGUCUUCUGCAGUACUUGUUCAAGAUCCUACCAUCAGAACUGCCACAUCCCACCCGUAGAUGCUCAGAGGAGCCAGUGGAGUUGCACCUUAUGCAGGACAAAGGCCUGGGAAAAUCACCCAGAAAGCCAACCAUGUCAUCUGGAAUCUGAGGUCUUAAAGAGGCCUAUGCUGCCUGAGGAACAGCUGAAAUGUGAGCUGAUCCUAUUGAAGGUCUAUUGUUAUUCACAAAGUGCCUUUUUUGCCCAAGAACCAUAUUAUACUCAAGACCCCCAGGAGCACAUGUGGUUAAACAAGGUCAAGGAAAGGCUGAAUAAGAAGAAGUACCACCGAGUGCAGGGGUUUGUGCGGGACAUGCGACUCAUCUUUCUGAACAACAAGGCCUUCUAUAGAAACCACAAAUUCAUCCAGCUGCCGCUUAAGAUAGAAGCCAUAUUYGAGAAGUACUUCAAAAACAUUUUUUCAAUCCAAGAAACAAGCGAGAGAAUCUGUCAGUUUAAGCACAUUAUUAUGUUAACAUAGUCCAUGUCUGUGUUCCCCCUGGGGACCCUCUGGUUGUGUCACUAGUGACACGGUGCUCUGAUGGUCCUCUACUCACUCUGCCUGUUCCUGUACAAAUAACCUCAUGUCACAAUUCUUUUUUCAUUUUUUAUUAUUGUUA